AUGGGGGCCAAACAGAGCAGCCCAGUAUUUGAUGGCAGAACUCGAGCUUAUUCCAGCUCGGAUCUCCCAUCUGGGCACCCCAGCGUAGGGGACAGGGUUGCAGGGUUUAGAUAUACCAAUGGACCAGAUGGCCCAAGGAUCCGAUACACGGGGGGUGGACCAGCCAGCUCCGGGCUCAGUAUACCGGCCGGUGGCAGGUCAGGGUCACACGUACUCAAUCAGAGCCUCGAUGGCACGGACGGUGACGACGAGGUCCAGCUGCCCCCUGAUGGCCACAGGCUGCUGAUAGGCUCUCUUCCGGCUCACCUGUCGCCUCGCCUACUCGGAGGUAAGACUGUUUUCCAACCAAUCACCAAAACAUCAUAAAAACUCCAAAAAGAUCGCAGUCAUUUCAAGAUUUAUGUUAAGUUAAUACUUAAAGCGUUAAUGAGAGUUUGAAGGGCCUGAUUCCUUUGUUGUGCUUGAAGUACACACUGUUCUUGACAAAGAAACGAGAUAAAGGUGCAGUUUCAAGUUUGAGCUAUCUUUUGUAACUUUUAUUGGGUACUUGUAUUUGAUUGUUUUACUUUGACAUACUUUGACGUAAGGUCAGUGUAGGAUAGCAUAUGUUUAUAACACUUUAACUCGGUAUAUAAUAGAGUACCUGUCAAAGUUGCUGAGUAUUUUUCCAUUUGAUAUGUGAUACCUUGCAUAUGGUAAAAGCAGUGUAAUGACUGGGGCCUUUGUUCAGAACUUUCUGCACUUUUAUUGGAGCCACAGGUGGUUCAUCUGCACUGUACUGUACUGCUGUUUUCCUUAUUUUGCCUCCCCCGUCUAACAAAACUGGCUUGUUUUUCACAGAGAGGGAAGAGUGCAUAAUGUAGGUCAGCAGAUAAGAGCUUCCUGCUGGUUACACAUUGCCUGACACACACACACACACACACACACACGCUCAUACACAUACACUAAUGCAGAGAAACUUCCUGAAUCUUCAAGAGUAGCUGUUUUUUUCAUCGGUGGGUUACCUUGAGACCGUACCACAACAAAUGAAUCAAAGUCUGUGAAAGAGCCAUUAUUGCAGUCAAAGAGUGUUGAAAAUGGGAAAGCAGAGCAUCAAAACUGAUCUAUACAGUGUUCUAUAAAUACACAUUACCUACCCAUUGUCCCCCUUAAUAAUAACAUGGUCAUUAGUAUUAUGACUGGCUGUUUGUCUCUUCCCCCUUCUAUUCAAGAGCAUUUGUAAUCACCAUUUACCAUACCCUGCCAUUUCUUAUGUCACCAGUUACCGUUGACAAUGACAUCCACAUGACGAUGACUCUGCAGGUCAGGGAUCAUUUCACAUUGUUCCCAAAAGUUGUGCUCACCCCAGAGACAGGGAUUAUUACUGUUCAGUGCUGAAUUUCUGAUGCUUUUGUGGUUCUUUUCUCAAAUGUGUAACAGGAAGUGAACUUAUCAUAGUUCCAGCGGUGCUUGGCCCAUUAAUCUUUGUGCAGCCAAGAUGAUACACAUGGGCAGGUCAUGUCUAUCUGGGUCAAAUUAUGAAUUAAUAAAUGCCUUAUCUGAUCGUGGAGGGUAAUAAAGUAUAUGUAACGACAUCAUGGAUCAAGGGUGUGUUUGCUGUAAUGACUGAGCGGUGACACCUGAAUAUUGUGCGAUUAGCUAAGCAGAUUGUAACAGAUUGUUUACAGCAGACAAAUAGCUAGCAUGUGCAUGGGGGUGUAAGGUCAUGUAGGACUGUUUAAGAUCACUUUAUGCUCACUGUCCCACGCCCUCUGUUGUUUACGUAUCAAUAAAAAGUUAUGAGACAGACGUUAGCAUGUUCUUGUUUGUGUGUUUUUCCUCCCAGGAUUCCACUGUCCUCUUUGCUCCAAGUUUUUGGCGGCGGAUGACAUCGAGAAGCACCUGCUCAAGUGUUUCAGCAAAACACGCCUCACAUACAACAGUAAGUAAUAAGGGUGAAAUGCACAAGUGGGGACACUGACUGACUGAAGCUACUUUUCCUGAGUUUUACUUGAAUUUAUAUUUGAAGUAAACACCAUAAGAAAAUAUGUAAAAACAGCAACUACAGAUGUUUUGAACAACUUAUUUCACUGCUGUUUAAACUAAAAUUUUAUUUAUGACCAAUUGACGAGUUUAACCCUCACAUACUGUUCGGGUCAAAUUUGACCCGGUAUGACUUUUAACAGCAGUAAAAAAUACCCUAAACAUCAUUUUUUAAGCCUGAAACUUGAUGACUUUUCCUGAAGUUUCCCAAAAUACAUGAAAUUAAUUUAAAAAUAUUCAUGUGUAUUUUUGUUUAUGUGCUACAAAUAUUUCCCCUCUUAGGCUGUUACGGGUCAAAUUUGACCCGUAUCUAUAUUUAGAUGGAUUUUAGAUCAAGCAGUGUGGGACAAGUGACAAACAGUAACAACAGUGUUCAAUAUGAGGUUUGUUGUUCAAAAAGAUAUAUUCAAAUCAUUAUGACACUAUCAUUACCUUGACAGAAACACACACACUCACGCACGCACACAGACAUACAGUCACACAGACACACCUAGACAGAGGUCAAAAUGACCUAACCAGUCAAGAGAACUUUCUGUGACAGAAAGCUGCUCUUUGAACUCUUUGAAGGGGCAAUUUUGACCCGGAACAUACUGUGAGGGUACAGGAUUUGAACAGUAUGUGAGGGUUAAAUGAAAGAAAUGUUCAGAAAGCAGAUAAAUCUGGCACAGUUUGCUUUCUCAGCUAAAUGUUUGCAUGUAAACAAAUUGGUAAGGUGUUUCUUUAAAAGUGCAGAGAGUAUCAGUAAAAAAAUAGCAAAAAUAGAAGCAGUCAAGUAGUUGCCAUUCAAAACUGUUCUGUUAUGUAGUACAAAAUGAGUCACCAUAUUCUUGCUCUCUUUCUGUCUUCCUUUGUGUGCCUCAUUGUUUCUACAACUAAACAAUAAGGAGGACCAUGAACUGAAGGUUUUUGCUUUACUUGAUCCUUACCAACAGUUUUUUUUUAAAGCACUCUUUAUCCUUAGAUAUGCACCUGCACCACCAACACGUUUACGGUGUAACCUUAAAAGGUCAAAGGAAAGGCAGCUGCACAUUUACACACCCAUUGAUAUGGGAAUGGACUAUCUCUGUGGGCACCUGUGCAGCAAACACGCACCUACACGAGAGAAAUACAUCAGUCUGUUUCAACACAGCUUUCACCAAACUCACUUCCUGCAGUUAGAAACAUCCCAGGCUUGUUCGUGUUGCAUAUCUGUAAACAAGAGUUUCCUCUCCUCUUUCAUGUGCAGACGCAUGCACGCAUACACACAGAGUUUUCAGCCGGCACUCACCCAUAGCAGCAUGCAUACCACUGAUAAAUUAAUGGUACCUGUGCAGCUACAGGCUGUAAACCGUGUCUGAGCUUAUCACAGUAAUACACAUGUGAAACAUAUAAAGAUGACGCGUUCCUUCACCUAACUAGCACAAAUAUUGAGUUUUAUCUUAUUUUCUCCUGCAGAAUAAAUUUUAAUGUGCUUAUGAACUCUUCAAAAACAUCUACUUACCCCUUUGCCUCGGGUAUUGAGGUUAAGGCUGGUCAUAACUGAAUAUACAGGUAAUCAUACAAGAAAGAAAACUUGAUUAUUAUGCCAUCUGAGAUUAAUUUAAACAACGACUAAAUAGCCUGUUCCCUAUUAAAGAUGACCCUGGGCAUUCAGGUACCAGAAGUUUAAGUGCUGCUUGUGCAGGAAUUACUGUCUGAGCUAAUCAUUUGAUACAUGUUUUGAUGAUGGAGUCAGCUCUGUUCUCAGUUUGUUUCUAUGUUGUCUUUAUCAGAGGACAUCCUGUCCAGAGACUCUGGGGAAUGUGCCAUCUGCUUAGAAGAGCUGGAGCAGGGGGACACCAUCGCCAGGCUGCCCUGCCUCUGUAUCUACCAUAAAGGGUAACACACACUCACUCACACACAUGCACGCACACACACACAUUUCAGUUAAAAGACUGUGGCUGGUAAUAGAUUGAAAAGAAGCAUGUUUCAUUAUUCCCAUUUCUAUCUUAAUAUGAAGCUACUGCUGUCUGCCAGUUGACUUGGCUUAGCAUGCUGAACAUGUGCCCUACGUGCCCAGCCAAGAGAGAGUAUGUUAUAUAACCCCUGUGCACAUUAAACAAAGAAGAUACAAGCUGUUAAUUAGUGAGCUUUUAAGGUGGAUGGACAUCUUACCUUUGGACAGACCUGGGCUACUUGUUUCACUGUUUUCAGGUUUAGUGCUAGAUAAUAAGCAGCACAAGAGCGCUAUUUUGUUUUUGUAAGACAAAACAGCACCAAAAAAAGCUCACAACUUUAAAUAUCUUUGUAACUUCACUAUUUGUGCCUGAGUGUGUUCAUUGUGUAUACUUUAGAAUUUGUGAAGGCAGCUGUGAAAUGAACUCAGUAGUUGUAGUUCAUAUCUAUCACAACUGAAAACUCAUUAAAACUCAACACGAAUACUCGACCCAUCAGAAAAUACAGUCAUUUGCUUUCUUAAGAAGAUUGAUGGCAAAAUACAGAACUAAUGCCAACAGUCAGAGGGUUUAACUCAGCACAAAGUCAAAAACAAGGGGAAGCAGAUUGUUCCAUGCAAAAGUAACAAAAUUAGCAAAGGUUGUUAUCUUGUUAUGUCCAAGUCAGUGUACUUUAGAUGUGGUGGGUAUUCAUUGUGAUAUUUCAGCAGAGCAAGAGUAACAGUCUUGUAGCUGAGUAAAGCUAAGGUAAGCGAAACCUCUGCUCACAGCAGUCUCAAAUUAAACAGACUGGUCAUAUUAUGGUUAGAUUUAGCAUCUAACUCUUAAAGAUACCUUUAUCGAGUGGUUCUUAACAGUAGACAAAUAUAAUGAAAAAAAAAUUGGAAGGUAAGAGAAGGAAAUACAGUGGGUAAGAACAUGCAUCUCAUAUUUUAUAAAGAUAUUAAAAAAAUAAGCUUUUUUGUGAUCAGACAUAAUUUAGUUUAUGCCUCUGCUUUGUGUGACUGCAAAUGAGACUUCUCCAUUGUCUGUUUAUUCCUGUUUUAGGUGUAUAGAUGAGUGGUUUGAGGUGAAUCGCUCAUGUCCGGAGCAUCCCGCUGACUAA